UAGAAAGUGAAUAAUAAUUUGUGUGUUUUCAAAAGAAUACAGUUUAUUGCAUAAAAUUAGUUUAAAUAUACAUAGUCUUGUUGGAAUAUCAUCUUGUCCAGUUUAUUGUUGUUAAAAGAUGCUUCAUAUCCUCCUAUGGUAGGCGUAUGAACAAAUAUAAAACAAAUAUUAAAUGGAAUAUCCUGAUUACUUAACUCUAAAUGUUAAAUAACACCAUUGCUUUUAAUGAUGGAGGAUACGCGAAGAAAAUCAUCAUUAACCGUCCCAUCAAAUCUACCGCCAUUGCCUUCCUCCACUACACAACUUCAACGUCAUUUAAGUUUGUCAGAAGCUGAACGGACUUAUAUUUUUACAACAAAUGUACCGGAAGUACAAUCAUCGGGUAUUAGAAUCGGCUCAGGACAUUCAAGAUCCGUUAGUCAUGGAGGUGGUGCAAUGCAAAAUCCAGGAAGUGGCAGUGCAAUUCGUCCACUUAAAUCGGCGAUGAAAGGAGGUCAUCAACGAGCAUUAUCUCAAGGAACUAUUCAAGAUGCACCGCCUAAAUCAGGACAUAGUCGUGUUGGCUCAAAAACAGACUUUAUUUUACCACCAACACAUAAAGAGCCAGAUGAAACGCGCGAACCUAUCACAACAGUUGUUUCAGCGCGAGGACAUGCACGACAAGCAUCACGUUCUGAAUCUAUUUAUACUUUGAGAAGACAAGACUUACCGAGUUGGUGGAAGAGAUUCCUCUUUUGUCGUUCAAGUAAAUUCGAGGAAUAUGGCUUUCGACAUGUUGUACCUAAUCACACAGUUCCGGCUAAAACACAAAAACGAGACCAUCCGAAUGGGAAAUUUAUGGGCAAUAAAAUAAGGACCACAAAGUAUACAAUGCUAACAUUCCUGCCGAAGAAUUUAAUUGAACAAUUUCAUCGCGUUGCCAAUAUUUAUUUUGUUUUCAUUCAACUUCUGAAUUGGGUACCGGAAUUGAACGUGUUCGGAAAGGAAAUUGCGAUGAUUCCAUUACUUAUUGUGUUAGGCGUUACUGCAAUUAAAGAUUUGAUCGAGGAUAGGAGGCGAUUUGCUUCGGAUAAGAGAAUCAACAAUUCAACAUGUCGAGUAUAUCAUGGAGAGACAGAUCGGUACGUAAAAAUACGAUGGCAGGACUUACGCGUGGGUGAUCUCGUACAUUUAUCAAACAACGAAACAAUACCCGCCGACAUCCUUCUGUUGAAGUCAUCAGAACCCCAAAGUAUUUGCUAUAUUGAGACUUGUGAUCUUGACGGUGAAACAAAUUUAAAGCGACGACAGGUAGUGAGAGGAUUCGAUGAGAGGCAAUCAAAUUUUACAGCAAGCAAAUAUAUUAGCAAACUUGAAAUUGAUGCGCCUACAACUAAAAUUUAUCGUUUUCAUGGUGCAAUGAUACAUCAAAGUGGUGAAAGAGUUCCUAUUUCAUCAGAUAAUUUAUUACUUCGUGAAAGUAGAUUAAAGAAUACAACAUUUGUUGAGGGGCUGGUAGUUUACGCCGGGCAUGAAACAAAAGCAAUGCUAAAUAACAGCGGGCCUAGAUAUAAGCGUUCGUAUUUGGAACAGAAGAUGAAUAUGGAUGUUGUUUGGUGUGUUGCCAUUUUAAUUCUAUUGUGUGCUGUUGGAGCAAUUGGAUCCUUUUUAUGGCUCUCUAAAUUUCAAGGCUCAGUACCUUUCUUGACAGCUGCUGAUAUGAGAUAUCCAGGACAUGAGAGUAUCCUAAUGUUUUUUCGGCUCGUCAUUAUUUUACAGAUUUUAAUACCAUUAGCACUAUACGUUACGAUAGAGAUGUGUAAAGUUGUUCAAGUCUUAAUAAUUCACAACACUCCGGAACUUUAUGAUCCACAUACGUGUAAGAAGACAGAAUGUCGUGCAAUGAAUAUUACUGAGAAUCUUGGUCAAAUUCAAUAUGUAUUUAGUGAUAAAACAGGAACAUUAACAGAGAAUCGAAUGGCAUUUCGACGAUGCACAAUUGCAGGUUUUGAUUAUAAUCAUCCACAAAGUGAAGAUGAAAAAAUAAGCUUGCCGCAUGCACCGUUGCCUCCAGUAGUUCCUAAUACAAACCUACAAAUAGAUUUAAAUCAUUGUGAUACAAAUGGGCGUCCAUCGUUGCAUGCACAGCGAUGUAAAGAAUUUUUCACAGUUUUAGCAUUGUGCAAUACGGUUGUGGUAUCGGAAUCGCCACAUCGAGACAAUAUGAAUGCGAGCGGACUUGUUGAACAUGGUGAUGACCAAAGUGUGACUUUAGUAAAGCCAUCAGAUCCAUUAAUGAAUGAUCAUUAUCUAAGAUUAUCUGAAUCUCAUUCAAUUUCACCCUCUCCAACGCCUAUUAAUCCUAAUAAUAAAUUACAGCCGCCAAAUUCUCUAAAAGUGCAUCAUGUUCCCUCUCUUUCGCCAAUUAGUAGUUCCGCAGAAUCAUCACCUGAAUCCGAUUCACCGCCAAUGAGAAUAAAGAGUAUCACUCCGACGGGUCGAGUGAAAAAGAGCAUAAUCAAUCAAGUCUCAAAACUGCCAAUAAGCAAGUCAAUAAAGAAAUUUCAUAUAAGCAGUAAGCACAAAUUACUGCAAAUGUCAACGAAUAAACACCAAAAAACUGUUACCACUAAUCAAUAUGAAGCUGAAUCACCUGAUGAGCUUGCACUUGUUAAUUCAGCGUUCGCUUAUGGCUUUGUGCUAGAAAAUCGUAAUCCAAAUACCGUCCUUAUUAAUGAACCAAACGAGGGAAUUGUCGAGUAUGAAAUUCUUAAAGUUUUACCAUUCGAUUCAAUUCGAAAAUGUAUGUCAAUCGUUGUACGAAAGAUUGGUGGACAUGACGUCAUGCUGUAUACAAAAGGAGCUGAUAGUACAAUAUUGCCUGCCUUAGCUCAAUGUGCUGUUGAGAGUGAGGAAUAUAGAUUAAGGGAAAAGACGCAGCAUCAGUUAGAUUUAUAUGCACGACAAGGUUUAAGGGUCUUGCUGAUAGCAAAACGGAACUUAAAUCCUGUAGAAUUUAGCGAAUGGUAUUCAGAGCAUCAAGAACAUGAAAUGACAUCUGAAGGUCGUGAAAAAAAGAUUAGAGAAUCAUUUGGAUUAUUGGAAAGAAAUUUAACAUUGAUUGGAUCAACUGGUAUUGAAGACCGUCUUCAAGAAGAUGUUCCGGAAACCAUUGCUGGUUUGUUAUCAGCUGGAAUUGUUGUUUGGGUGUUGACAGGAGAUAAGACAGAAACGGCCAUAAAUAUUGCAUACUCUGCCAAACUUUUUCACUCUCAAAUGGAAAUAUUAAAGCUUACAGCUCGUUCGAAAGGCGCUGCCGAGAGUGCUAUAAAAUUUUAUAUGGAUGAGAUUGAGAAGCAACUUGUUGAAGCGGGUAAUGAUACCAAAUAUUUAAGAAAUCGAGCUUUGGUUGUUGAUGGAAAGACCCUUACAUUCAUCCUUGACUUGAAAUCAAAUUUAACGACACCUUUCCUUGAACUAACACGGUAUUGCUCAAGUGUGCUUUGUUGUCGUUCAACGCCUUUACAAAAAGCCUUUCUCGUGAAAGUUGUCAAAGAGGAACUUAAAAUGUCAACAUUAGCAAUUGGAGACGGCGCUAAUGACGUGAGCAUGCUUCAAAUGGCAGACGUAGGGGUAGGAAUAUGUGGACAAGAAGGAAUGCAAGCAGUUAUGGCGUCAGAUUUUGCGACACCAAAGUUUAAAUUUCUAGAAAAACUUUUACUAAUUCACGGACAUCUUAAUUAUGACAGACUUGCUAAAUUAAUUAUUUACUUCUUCUACAAAAACGCUACAUUUGUAUUCGUUCUUUUCUGGUUCCAACUAUACAGCGGAUUUUCAGGUUCCGUAAUGAUGGAACAAAUGUAUGUUAUGAUUUAUAAUUUUAUGUUUACGGCCGCACCACCAUUAGCAAUCGGAGCUUUUGAGAAGAGACUUCACGAGGACAUUCUUAUAAAAAAUCCCAGAUUAUACCGUUAUGGACGACUAGGAAAAGGCUACAGAAAUCAAUUUUGGCUGGUGAUGCUUGACUCUCUCUGGCAGAGUUUAGUGAUAUUUUUCAUUGCUGUUAAAGCAUUUGAAGAUACGACGAUUGGAAUAUGGGAAUUUGGAGCAACAAUUGUUUCAUCAUGUCUAGUUACAAUGCUUUGUCACUUUGCACUUGAAGUGAGGACAUGGACAAUAAUUCACGUGGGUGCUAUUGCACUAAGCUUGUUAUCGUUUUACAUCUUUGCGUUUGUAUACAAUACAAUCUGUCGGACGUGCAUGGAUCUGCCAAAUACUGCGAGAACAAUUCAAGAUACAAUGUCGAAUCCAAUUUACUAUUUUAUCUUAUUCCUGACACCUGUAAUGGCAUUAUUACCGAGAUAUUUUGUAAGAACGUUAAAGAAUACGAUUAGGCCAAGUGAUGAUGUGUUAAUUCAAGUCGAAACAGAAAAAGAAAAGAAAAGAGGUGAGAAACUGCUGACAUCAUAUCGUUCAGCAUCAUCAAGAUCGCCGAUAUUCAGAAUUACUAACAAUCAGGACGAGACUUUAAAAACAAUCAGCUGAGUUGCAUGGAUGACAAUUGUAUUGUAAAGUAUUUCAAACACAGAAACUCCUUUAAUUUAUGAAAGACAAUGAAUGUUAAUGAAAAGAAUGAAUAAGGAUAAUAAUGAAUGAUGUUAUUGUUGUGUAAUGUUUAAGGUUUGAAAGAUGUCAAUUUAUUACGUCACUCAGGGGUGAACAAAUAAAACAAAACACAAAAAUAUAUCAACGUGAUAUCAAAGUGAUUGGAACUAAUAAGAGAAAAAUUUAAGAGUUUUAGAAUAUGAUUCAAGGAUACGAUUGUUUCAGACUGUAAAUUUCAUAUCACAAAUGACUCAAAAAAAU